AUGGCAGAGUUAGGUAUUACAGAAGUUGCUGUGCCAGUUGCAAAAUGGACAGUGAAAAAACUUUGGCAAGAGUUGGGUUAUAUGUUUUGUUACAAAAGCAACAUUGCGGAUCUCAACGAGCAGGUUCAGCAGCUGCGUCACAAAAAAGAUGGAAUAGAGCUGGAGGAGAAAAGUGCAAGAGAAGCCUCACAGAUUAUUGAUGGCCAAGUUAUUGAUUGGCUGGUCAAGGCAGACGAGCAAAUAAAAGAAAAGGAGACGACUUUCAGUGAAGAAACUGUAGCAGCAAGGGCGGCAUGCUGUAAUGGAUGGCUUCUAAAUUUGAAGGGCCGUUUUUCUCUGGGAAGGAAUGCUAAGAAGAUGACUGAGAAGGUUGAUCAGCUCCUUACUACAGAUCUCGGGAUUAUAGCCCAUCCUGCUCCUCACGCAAAGGUGGAAUUCCGACCCACAGAGGACUCUACUCAGCUUGGAACCAACUUCAAUGAAGGUGCCAGCUCGUCUGGAACAUCAAACCAUGAACAGCCACCUGCAUCUGAGAGGAAAAAUAUUUAUUUUGAUUCAAGAAGAUCAACCUUCGCGGAUGUGAUGGAAGCUCUCAGGGGGAAUCAAAUCAAUCCAAUUAUCAUAUGUGGCAUGGGCGGCAUAGGGAAGACAACAUUGAUGGGACAAGUUUUUGAGAAAGCAAAGGAAGAAGGUCUGUUUGAUGAGUAUACAAAGGCAACCGUUAAGGAAUCUCUUGACAAAACUGCUGAGUUGAGUCUUAUUCAAGAUGAGCUUGCUGGAUAUCUAGGCCUGCCACUUAAAGGAAAGCAGACGGAUGCAAGAGCAACUGAGCUACGUCAAAGAUUCUCUCAAGGCAGCAAGAAGAUCCUUGUAAUGUUAGACAAUGUUUGGACAACAACCCCCGACUUUUUGUGGGACAUAGGGAUUCCCACUGGUUGCAAACUUCUGGUAACAUCAAGACAACAAGACCUUUUCAAGGACAUGGACACAGGAAAGAUUUUCCCGAUUCAUGGCUUGCCGGAUGGAGAUGCCUGGAGUCUGUUCAAGAAGACAGCAGGAAGUUCCAUCGAAUCUGAUCCCGAGGUGCAUGUUGUAGCAAAAAAGGUUUUGAAGGAAUGUGGUGGGUUGCCAAUUGCAAUUUCGACGGUUGGGACGGCACUAAAAGGAGAAAGCAUUGGAAUUUGGAAGAAUGCACAAAGGGAACUAGAAAAGGCUAGACCGAAGAACGUUGCAGGAGUGAUAGAACAUGUGUAUGGGCCAAUAAAGUUCAGCUAUGAUAGUUUAUCAAGUGAUGAAGCCAAGUCAUGUUUUCUGCUGUGUUGCAUAUUUGAAGAAAGCGCCCAUAUAGUGAUUGAAGAUUUGGUGAGAUAUGGGCUUGGGCUUGGGCUCUUUGAAGACAUUGAUUCAAUGGUUGAAGGGAGAAACCGUGUGGAAACAUUGGUUCAGACACUCAAAAGUCGCUUUCUAUUGUUAGAUAGCGAUAAAGAAGAGUAUGUGAGAAUGCAUGACGUGGUGCGUGAUGUUGCCAUGCAUAUAGCCUCGGAAGAGUUUGUAGAAAAGAAAAGUGAUGGGGUUGAAAAGAGAAUAGUUGUGAGAGACAAAGCAGCAACCUUGAAGUUGAUGGAUUGGCCUCGGGAUAGUGAUUCUGAGAAAUCUACUUAUUGCAGUUCACUGGAUAUCAGUGGGUUUUGUCAGCUUUUACUGUUGAGACAAAUAGCUUGGUUUCCAAUGCGGCCGCCACCCAGAAUUUUCAAAAGAACGAAAGAUCUCCAGGUUCUAACAAUCAGUGGAUAUCGUAUGGAGAGUCCGACUUUGUUAGUAGACUCGGUACUGUCAUCGCUUGCAGUAAUGAGAAACCUUCAAACACUGCGCGUAGAGAGGUGCGAAUUCAACUGUGAUGUAUCUGUCAUUGGGGAGCUAAAGACACUCAUGAUACUCAGUCUACGUGGAUGUCGGGGACUCAAGCAAUUGCCUGAUGCAUUUAAAAACUUGUCUGAUCUGAGACUGCUUGAUUUGACGGAUUGCAGGAAGCUUGAAGUAAUAUCACCAGGUGUGAUAUCAAGUUUAACAAGACUAGAAGAAUUGUACAUGUUGGAUAGCUUUAAAAAUUGGGAGGUUGAGAAACUAGCCUCCACCGAAACAACCGAGUGGAUCUCUCAAUUGGAGCAGGAAAGAGGUGCUGCUGGAUACCAUAAAGUGGAAGCAUACGCGGAAACUACACUAAACACGUGGAAGGAACUCAUUGAAUUGGCGGUUGAGCAACCAGCAGCUGUAGGAUGGCAGUUUAGAGAAGAGGUUCGAGAACCUUUUAGACAAAACGAGGAUCAUACAAGGUGGGCCAACUCGAUGGACUGGAACACUGGGACACUUGCAGAGCUGCUUUCCUUGUCCCGUUUGACAACUUUACAAGUCGUUCUCCCACCGCUCAAUAUACUUCUAACCACCACGUUGUUUAACAAGCUUGAAAGAUUUCACAUCGCUAUUGGAUGGAAGGAGUACAUGUCUUAUGAGGAAAUAGAGAAGGAGCAGAGUGGCAACUACUUGAGAGUUCACCAUCUUGAUGUAAGCAGCGCUGCAAUGGGUAGUGGAGUCACUUCGUUGCUAGAGAAAGCCAGCUAUGUUGACUUUAAAUUGACUCGGCCUCAACUUCUGAAUGUCUUGGAUAGAGUCUGUUUCCCGAAGACGAAGCGUCUUAAGUUCCAGGACUGUAAUGAUGUGGAGUAUCUGAUUGACACGGCUACUACUUCACAUAGCAGCAGCGCCAUCUUUCCUGUCUUGAAUUCACUGGAGAUUAGUACGGCAAGGAGGCUGAAAGAGAUUUUUCAUGGUGAACUGCCAACGGGGUUUCUCAAGCAACUACGUACAUUGAUAUUAUCCAACCUACGUGAAUUGACCUAUAUUUGGAAGACCAACAGUCGAUCUCAACAUGAUAAUGAGGAAGUGAUCAACUUCCAAAGUCUGACAGAAUUACGUCUCUCAUACUUACCAAGAUUCACUGGCAUAACCAAAAAUGCCUCUAAGGGGUCGGAGAGGCUACCAGAAGACAGCAGCCCGGAACAAUCUGACUUCACCGUACUAUCUCUGUUCGACACCAAGGUUCAUUUCCCAGUCCUCACAAAACUAUACAUAGAGUUUGUGAACGUCGAAGAGAUAUGGAACAACCAACCUGCAGCAGAAUCCUUUUGUGAGCUAAGAAUUCUACGGGUAGGAGAAUGUUACAAACUGUUGCAUUUGGUACCAACACAUAUGCACAAUAGAUUGCAGAAAUUGGAGUACAUAGAAGUAUUUUGUUGUUCAUCACUUAAAGAGAUAUUUGAAUUUAGAAGAUUGAUUGGUGAUGAUGAAUGGGAUGCUACAACAAUUUCUGAGUCAGGAGAUCAAGGGGCGCAAAUAAACAAGAUGAUGUCUUUCAAACAAUCUCGUCAAGCCUUUCAGAAUCUUGGAGUGAUUUCAAUUUGGCGUUGUCACGGUUUGAGAACUAUGCUCUCUCCCUCAGUUUCCAGAGGUCUCGUGAAGCUUAAAAUACUAACGAUAGGGGAGUGCUCUAUUAAAGAGCUAGUAGUAGCAGCAGCAGCAGAGGGUGAAGAAACAGAGGAUGACAACAUGUUCCCUCAGCUACGUACUUUGGUACUUGAGAAUCUACCAAAUCUCGGAAGCUUUUCGGACGGCAAGUAUAAUUUAAAAUGGCCACAAGUGAAAAAAAUCAAAAUCCUCAGAUGCAAGAAUAUGGAGAGGUUUUGUUUAGGAUCCCUCAGCACACCGAAGGAAGUGGAAAUAGAAGUCGAAGGUGUCGGUGAGAGUGUUUUGCAGGAGCUCAAUGACAGUAGACAAGAAACGUGA